AUGAAAGGAGAUCUUGUGAAGUUUCUCAUGAAGUGUUAUGAUCCAGAGUUGUCGCAGCUUGUUAUCCCAGAUAGGGGGAAGAUCCCAGUUGAUGCAGCAAGCAUAGAAAGAAUCUGGGGUUUGCCAAGGGGGCAGAGGAAGGUUGCGUAUGAAGUGGAGCCAGACGUAGUUAGGUUGUUCAAUGAGACGUUCAACAUCCCGACAAGGCCCGUGCCAACAGUGACCGAGUGGUGCAAAAUGAUAAAUGAUAUGGGAGUUGUUGCGGACGACAAGUUCUUAAGUGCCUGGCUAAUUGUUGUUUAUAGCUGUUUUCUUGCACCGACCACCAGCUUGAAGGUGUCCCCGCGCGCAUACUCAGUUGCGCAGAAUCCACAAGAAGAAGAGGAGGAGGAAGGGAAAGAUGAGGACAGUCCUGAAGAGGAGAGUUCGGAUCAUGACGAGGACAACAAUGAUGACGAUGACGACGAUGAUGACUAUGAUGAUGAUUUUCUAUCCUACAGCAGCCAGCCAGUAGCCACAAAAACUGGUGAUGAUGAUUCACAACACAUGGACGUUGACAACUCACAGCCGUCUUUUGCUGGUGAAGACGAUGGUGAAGAUGAGGAAGAGGACGACGAGGAUGAUCUUGAAGAGGAAGAGGAGGACAAGGAGGAGGAUGAUGAAGAGGAACGGGACGAUGAAGAGAACAAAGAGAAGGAGAGAAAUGGGAAAUAG